AUGAAUGCACAGAGGGCACGCGUUGCAUGUAUGUCAAAUAAGUUUAAAAACAUAAGAGAAAUAGGUGAGGAUACAUAUCAAGUGAUGCUUAAAGAUAGAUUUUAUAGAUGUGAUACAUGUUUACAAGAGGCAUUCUUCACUUUAGAUAAUGCUAAAUACUGGUAUUUGGUUUUCAUUUAUGAUUUUAUGUAUAAAUGCAUGAAUCUUAAUCGUUUUCAUUUCAUUGAAGGUGAUACUGAUUCAUCUUAUUGGGCAAUCGCUGGCGACCCAAAUCUUCCUAACACUCAAGCAUUUCAAGCAAUUGUUACCGAUAAACAAUUUUAUGAUAAAAACAUUUUCAAAUUCGCACCAUUUGAUUUCUUCUGUUUUGAUGAGAAAUUUAAACCUAAAUUAAAGAAUAAAGCUGAAGAAAAAGCACAUGAGAAGAAGUUAUUGGGUUUAGCAAUUGAGAAACAAGGUGAUAACAUGGUUGCUUUAUGUCCUAAGUGUUAUACAUCAUUCAACGGUUCAAUUGAUGGGGGUGAUUUUAAAAAGAUUGCACAAAAAAUGAAGGGUGUUAGUUUAAGACAAAAUAAGCAAUUAACACCUAAAAAAUAUUUGGAUAUAAUAAAUGAUAAAGUGAUAUUUGAUGGUCAGAAUAUUAAUUUACAACUUAAAAACGGGUCAAUGACUCGCUUAACAAUCGGUAAGACUGCAUUAACAGGAGCACACACUAAGGCUGUAUGUUGUGAAAAUGGAUGUUGUAUGCCAUUUAUUUAA